UACUCCUCUGUGACAUUUUGAAGAACUAGUGUUUUCUUUGCGAUAUUAUUGUAUUUUUAUUUACUAAUUAAGGUACACUGGUUAUUACCAGAGUUUUCAUGUAAUAUUUUCGUGUUUAUAUAACAACAACUGAGUGACAAACGCAAGAUUAUUGGAGUUUAUUGUAAACAUGCUUCGACCAUCAUCACUGUGCACAUUCUUGCUGUGUUCCACUAUUCAUUGGUCGCAAAGUGAAGACAUCUCUACUAGUGAUAAAAUGAUCUAUAAGAAUCUUAUCAAUGAUUCAGAUAACGUAAUCAAAUCCGGUUUGGCUGAAAGAUUUUUUCUGCCAAAGACAGAUAUUGUACUGACUGUCUUCAACUUUAAGAAUUCCAAUAACUACUGCAGUUUCUACUUCCAUAUUUCACAUGUUAUUUAUCUUUCCCCUCGUAUUGAAGCAAGAUAUGAGAACAGAAAAGUUUACUACACGAUUCACGAAGGAUCUCAAGUCUUAGUACAAUCAGUAAUAAAUCGAGGAACUUUAGCAUUGGAUGACUGCUACAAUUUAAGGAGAGAUACCAAACGAAUUCAGGCAUGUGUAACAUGGAGAGAUAUAAAAUGGUAUAAAAACCAAGUCUGCAUAUGCUUGUAUGCUCAUCUUAAUUACGAUGAUGGUCGCAAGACAUCUGUGAAAAUAAAAUGCUGUCAACUCAUAAACCGAGAUACCCGUCCUCCUACAAUUCCCCCUUCCAUAUUUCCAACUUCUACACUAUCGUCACCUUCGACAAGAGUUGUACCCACCACUGUCCAAUCCAUUAUAAUUCCACCUUCCGUAGUAAAUAAUACCACAGUAACUCCUAAUACAGUUACAACCACUAAAGUUGCACCUACUAAAAUUCAGCCUACCACAAUUUCUUCAGCAACUGAAUCUCCUGGUGUAGCUUAUCCAGAAACAGGGGCGUCUACCUCAAUUCAACCCAUUAUUCAAUUCCCACAAAUCACAGUGAAUCUGACAGUGGAACCCUACCACCACUUUAUUCCCUAA